UUUUUCAUUCUCUUUCAGAAAUUGAAGCAAAGGAGGCCUGCGACUGGUUACGAGCUUCAGGGUUCCCCCAAUAUGCACAAUUAUACGAAGAUUCCCAGUUUCCUGUUGAUAUCAGUGCCGUAAAGAAAGAUCAUGACUUUCUCGACAAGGAUCUUGUAGAACCUCUUUGUAGACGACUGAACACGCUGAACAAGUGUGCCUCAAUGAAACUUGAUGUGAACUUCCAAAGGAAAAAGAAUGAAGACUCUGAUGAAGAAGACCUUUGUGCCAUUAGUAACAAAUGGACUUUCCAAAGGACAAGCCGAAGAUGGUCUCGAGUGGAUGACAUUAACACUUUAAUUCAUCAGUGUGACAAACAUGGCUCCUCAGGGGACAUUAAAAUGAAAAUCACCACCAGCAGCGAAAGUGUCCUUACUGAUUUGAGUGAGCCUGAGGUCUCAUCCAUUCACAGUGAAAGCAGUGGGGGAAGUGACUACAAGAGUCAGUCUGGAGUCAGCAGUCUUCUCAGGGAAUAUUCAGGACAGUGCUGUCUAGAAAACACUCUUGCUCAUGAUUCUAGUUCAGCUGGCAGUACCCUUUCUCAGCUCCCAGGAGACUCUCCUCACCUUGGAAAUGAAAAACCAACACGAACCAAAGCUAAAGCGUUUCUAAAGCGCAUGGAGACAUUACAAGGCAAAGGUGUGCAUGGCAAAUUAAAAGGCUCUGGGAGGACUAGUGGCUUGGUAAUAAGUAGACCCGUUCUUCAGCAUGAGCCCAAAGCUCUAAAGGAUAUGCAAGGUUUGCAAAUAGGGGAUGGAGACCUCCAAAACAUAACAGCCCAGGAUGCUCUCAAACAACCCUUUCCCUUCUCUGACAAAACCAGCAGUGAGAGUAGCCAAUCGGAGAUCAGCAGUAGUGGCAUAAGCACACCUUCCUUAAAGGAACGCAGAUAUCAUGAAGUAAAUAAACGAGGUGGCAUGUACCUGGAGGACCUGGAUGUUCUUGCAGGAGCAGCACUGAAGCAAAUGAUAGAUCAAAAUCAUAGAAAUGAAUUUCAUUCCCAAGAGAACAUGGUGGUUUAUAUUCCUAAAGAUCACAAACCCGGGACAUUUCCUAAGGCACUUUCUAUUGAAAGUCUUUCUCCUACAGACAAUAGCAACAGUGUAAACUGGAGGACGGGCAGCAUUUCUUUAAGCAAUAAGACAUGUUCAGCACAUAAAGAGGCCAGCCCUCUUGCUUCCUGCCCAAAGGAGAGCCGCAUUAGUAUUUAUGACAAUGUUCCAGGUUCUCAUUUAUAUGCCAGUACUGGAGACAUUCUGGACUUGGAACGAGAAAACCUUUUCCCUCAUCUGGAUGAUAUUUUGCAGCAUGUUAAUGGGCUUCAAGAAUCUGUAGAUGACUGGUCAAAAAAUAUAUUGCCAGAUUUGAAAAAUAAUGCUCUAUCAACUGGUGAUGGAGGAUCUUUAUCCUUCCCGUCACAAGCUAAGACAUCAUUAGAAUUUGAACAAAAUUCUGUAUCUGAUGGCCACACAACACCUAGUGAUAUGGAUAGGGAUGGGACAUCUCUCAAUGAAUCAGAAGCUACCGGUGUCAGGGACAGACGGGACUCUGGGGUUGGAGCAUCUCUCACCAGGCCAAACAGGCGAUUACGUUGGCAUAGUUUCCAGAUCUCUCACCAGCUAGAAUCACUACAGAUAAGCCGUCAAUCAGCUGCUCAAUUAAAUUUGCUGCAGAAAUUUUCCUUGCUUCGUCUAACUGCCAUCAUGGAAAAAUAUUCCAUGUCAAACAAGCAUGGCUGGACAUGGUCUGUACCAAAGUUCAUGAAGGGGAUGAAAGUUCCAGACUACAAAGAUAAGAACAUCUUCGGUGUGCCUUUAAUUGUCCAUGUGCAAAGAACAGGGCAACCUCUACCACAGGGCAUACAACAAGCAUUGCGCUAUUUACGGAACAAUUGUCUAGAUCAGGUUGGCCUUUUCCGGAAGUCGGGUGUGAAAUCACGGAUACAGGCCUUACGCCAGAUGAAUGAAAACUCUCCUGAAAAUGUCAGCUAUGAAGACCAGUCAGCAUAUGAUGUGGCAGAUAUGGUAAAGCAGUUUUUCAGAGAUCUGCCAGAGCCUCUUCUCACCAGCAAGCUAGGAGAAACUUUCCUCCACAUUUAUCAAUAUGUGCCAAAAGAGCAACGACUUCAGGCAGUUCAGGCUGCCAUAAUGUUGAUGUCAGAUGAAAACCGGGAGGUUCUGCAGACUCUGCUGUGUUUCUUGAACGACGUCACUUCUGUGGAGGAAAAUCAAAUGACUCCAAUGAAUAUAGCUGUGUGCCUGGCCCCAUCUCUGUUUCACCUCAACAUAGUAAAGAAAGAAAGCUCACCACGGGUGAUACAGAAGAAAUACGCAACAGGGAAGCCUGAUCAGAAAGAUCUCAGUGAAAACCUGGCAGCUACUCAGGGACUUGCACACAUGAUAGCAGAGUGUGAUAAACUUUUUGAGAUCCCACAUGAAAUGGCCACACAGUCUCGGAACUCCUACAUUGAGGCUGAAGUGCAUCCUCCAACUCUGGAGGAUUUGGGCAAGCAAAUGGAUGAAGAAGGUGGAACUUACCAGACCUACCUGGAAAGUAUUAUGCAGAACUUCUGUAAAGAAGCUAAGGAAAAGUUCAAAGGAUGGAUCUCUUGUUCAAGCACUGAAAAAACAGAUCUCUGCUACAAAAAGGUUGGAGAUCCAUUAAGGCUGUGGAAGGCAUCAGUUGAAGUCGAGGCUCCUCCUUCUGUUGUACUGAACCGUGUGCUAAGAGAACGCCACCUUUGGGAUGAGGAUUUCCUGCAAUGGAAAGUCAUUGAAACCUUGGAUAAGCAGACUGAGAUCUACCAAUAUGUUUUGAACUCUAUGGCUCCCCAUCCUGCUAGGGACUUUUUAGUCCUAAGGACCUGGAGAACGGAUUUGCCGAAGGGGAUGUGUGUAUUAGUGGCUGUCUCCAUAGAGCAUGAAGAAGCACCUCUGAUGGGAGGUGUUCGGGCAGUAGUUCUGGAUUCCCAGUAUUUAAUAGAGCCUUGUGGUUCUGGAAAAUCUCGCCUAACUCAUAUCUGCAGGAUUGACCUCAAAGGUCAUUCAUUAGAUUGGUACAAUAAAGUCUUUGGACACCUCUGUGCUGCUGAAGUUGCCAAUAUCAGAAAUUCAUUUCAACCGUUGAUUGCUGAGGGUCCGGAAACAAAAAUCUGAGUGAUGGGGACCCUGCAUGUAUGAGAUUCCAUGCAUGUCCUGGAGCUACUGGAUUUUCAGCCAGCAUUUGUGCAAUAGCCAAGUAAAGUUUACUUGGAAGGCUUAGCCAUUAUCUGGAAAUACUGUGUCUCCCAUCAAAUGCUUUCCACUACAAAGAACAUUCCCUCCCCCCCAACAAGCUUUAAAAGUAAACUCUUGCCACUGCUUAUAUAUUGCAUGUUUCUAAUAUUUAAAAGCUUCUGAGAAGCUUGUUUUAAAAUGUACAUAAGAAAUGUAUAUAAUGUAUAGAUUUUGCU